GGUUGAGAGACCGCUAGUCACGACACUAGUUUGAAUUGAACACAUCAAGUAACCAUGGCAGAAACCGACGCCCUGUUGUUGACCAAAUUCAAUACUGUCAAUGGGGACCGUGACAUCCUUAGUGCGGAGACCCCAUCUCCUCUGACGAACAGCUUGAAGAAUGAGAGGGGAAAGCCCAUGGCAGAAGAACACGUGGUGUACAAAAGAAGGUGGUUCAUUCUGGCCGUCUUCUCGCUACUUUGUAUGUUGCAAGCAGCAACGUGGAACACAUGGGGUCCCAUCUCCGACACAGCCAAGGGUGUGUUGGACUGGACGGAUGGUGACAUAGCCCUGUUGGCCAACUGGGGUCCCAUUACAUUCGUAAUCACCUGCUUUUUCUUUUCCUAUCUACUUCUCAUCAAAGGUCUCAGGUUUUUCGUAUUAUGCAGUUCCUUGAUCUUCCUAUUGGGAGUCGCUAUACGGUGCAUUCCUGUCGGUGUAGAAAACGUGAAGUGGACAAUGAACGCUGGCCACGUUUUAAUUGGCAUAGCUAGUCCUGUUAUGAUGUCAGCACCAACUGAAUUAUCAGCGGUCUGGUUCCCGCCUCACCAACGGACUACGUCCACGGCCAUUUCUUUGACCUCAGCAUUUUUUGGCAUGUCCAUGUCGUUUCUGGUGGGGCCAUUAGUGGUCACAAGUCUUCCGCAAAAUGCAAGUUCACAUGCAGAAUCCAUAGACCCAAAGGAGAAAGCACUGUACUUCAAUGAGAUAAUGAAGUUAAUGUAUAUAGAAUGUGGAGCUGUGGCCGUCGUGGUCAUCGCGGCUCUAUUGUACUUCCCUGAGAAGCCACCAACCUCACCCAGCUUAUCUGCCACCAAACCUCGGGAAAGCUUCAAAGAUGGAGCCCUGAAGAUGAUCAAGAGCACCAAUUUUUGGAUUCCUGCGGCAGCCUACAGCAUAUCAUCUGGAGUUUAUGUUGGCUGGACCACGCAAAUGGACACAAUUUUCAAGAAUACUCUGAAUAUAGGACAGGACACUGUUGGUUGGAUUGGAUUCAUCUCCAAUAUUGCCGGGAUGCUGGGAGGCUUGAUAGUUGCAAGACUUGUAGACAUCCUAGGCGGUAGGAUGAAGGCAGUAUUGAUUUCACUCACCCUGGCAGCCUUCGUUAGCUGUGUAUGGUGUGUCCUACUCUCAAUGAAGUAUAUCUCAUACAGUUUAGUGAGCGUCUAUAUUGCAUGUAUCUUCAUUGGACUUUUCAUCAACGCCUCCUUCCCCAUAUACUUUGAGAUCACGGUCGAGGGCAUGUAUCCUGUCUCGGAAGGCAACAUAACAAUGGUGAUGGCAUUCCUGACCAAUGUGGUUUCUGUGAUAUUCCUGUUGCUGCCGAUGAUUCCAAAUCUAAGUGUGAUUUGGAUGAACUGGUUCCUUCUAGGUUCAGUCUUUGUGUGCUUGCCUCUCCUCAUGAUGUUUAAAGAGCAUUAUAAUCGUCUGGAUGAAGAUAUGACGGAAGUAUCCAGAGAGGAUAACAAAUGAUAUUGUCCUCUUCUAGGGCUAAUUUCAUAUUUGAGUAUUCUAACUUGGACUUGAUUGAAUAUUCAAAUAUAUGAAAUGCACCGAUCAAAAUUAACUGGCACUUGAAUUAUCAUGUUUUUAAUUCAUAAUUUUCUCUCAUUAACUAAGUUAUGAACUUGCCAAUGAGACGUUGCACACAAAUCUUCUGACAGUAUUAAGGUUAAGUUUGAAUUGGAGUGACCUGCUCCCAAGUUUUGACAGUAUUUCUUCUAUAUCCCCCUGGACUGUGUAGAGUACUAAGUGUAAUACAGCAUUAUUACAUUUAAAAAGUACAGUUUUCUCCCCACAGUAAGUGGGUAUGUGGAAGACUGCCGUACUAAUUUUGAAACUCAUAAUUUGCUUGUAUUCCCACAUCUUCUAAACCAAGAAGUAUUUAGGGCAUUAUUUCAUUUAAUUGUUUAUUUUGAUAAUUAUUCACCGAAGUAAAAUUAAUUUUGUUUUAAAAUCAACUAACUUGUAAUUAAUAGAAUGUUUUGAAGCGUUAGGGUUGUAAUAGAAAAACGGUGCAAGACAUGACUUUUGAUGGAAUGCUUGCCUCAGAGAGACAUUGCUUGAACACCUGUGCAAGUUUGUUGUAUUGUUAUCUCACCUGCUCAUGGAAACCACUGAAUAUAUAAUGAGUAAAUAACAAAGAUAUUUAAACUUACAAGAUAUUUGCACAACGAAAGUGUUAUUAAUAUUAACAUGUAACAUGUAUCACUCAGGUCACCUGUAAAGUGAAUAUAAUAAUUACAUAAUGUACAUAGGUCUACAUAUUAAUAUUGCAGGGAAUAUUAACUUUUAAUGAGGCUUCAUCAAUGCUAUUGCAUUUCCAAUAAUAUUAAGAGGUGUUAAAGGCAGUGCUUAUGUAUCGAAGGUGGUUCAUUCUUAAAUUUUACACAUUUAUACAAACUUUUUAUAAUUUUUUUUCCAGCAAUGUACAUUGAUAAAGAUGAUACUCGUUUUUCAUGUAUAUAAUGCUUGAAAUUAUAAAUGCUGGCAUUUCUACCAUGACUGUAAAUUUAAUUGGUAUUUUUUUAAAUUUAAAACAAAUCGUCGACUUUUAUCCAAUUUCUUGUCACUCCAAUCAUGAUUGCUGCCUUAUGCCAUUGAAUUUAAACUAAACUUUUUUUCUAGACGGUUUGACGCAAGUCUUGUAAAUACGGGUAAAAUGUUGGUUGUUUUUGUUAGAAGAUUAUUUGAGUGAUGAUUAAUUGUAUUUCCUUUUGUAGUACGUAUAUGUUGCAAUUAUGGUGAAACUUCAAACCGAUUGUUGCACUAAAAACAUUUGUUAUAAAAAUAUCAAUAGAAACCAAGUCUUUCACAUACUGCCAUGCUUUAUUUAAAUGUCAGUUAU